GGUGCCAAGUCAAAAAUCCUGGCCCCACCUCAGCUGUCCCCUCAGGCAUAACGGUAUCUUCCAGCUUGGCGGGUGAGACUAUUGACUCAGAGCUUUGCUGCAUGGCAUUCCAGCUAAUUGCAACCACCAUCUCAUUGCGAUGUCGUGUGCUCGCGUUACCACAUGCUCAUUCGGUCAUCGGCUGUGCGAGUAAGCGUCGACGUCGACGGUCCUCUGCCGGCUUAUCCGCUGCUCCCGCCCGCGAGGUGGCCUCCCACAUCAUCUCUCCUCCUCCUUUGUCACUCUCCGUGGCCUGUUUGACGCGACUGCAUCAUCACCAUGUCUACCAAUACUGCUCCGCCACCUCUGUGCCGUGACAUCGAAGAUCACGACGAUGGCUCUGCGUGCCAACAUGCCGACGAGUGUCGCUCUCGAGGCGGACCGGCGGCGGGGGCGGCGGCGGCGGGAGGCAUUUCAAAUGGGGUGAGUCGACGAGUGGGCGCAAGCAAGGCUGCAGAGGCGCUGCAAA